GUUAUCUUUAUCAUCUUUUCUUUUCCUACGAAUGACAGUUCCCCUACGUACGUCCUCCAUCUACUACGGUCUUGGCAACAGCACUGCCAACACUGCAUAUGAGAGGCCUCGCUUCCUUCCACAUCUCAGUUACAUUUCCUUAUUGAAAGCCGAAGAUGCUGCCGUUCCGGAACUUGGAGGGAGCAGCAGCGAGUCUGGGGAGGCCCCUCGCUCCGGCCGAGACCCUCUGGUUUAGAUACUCCGUCACCAUGCCCGACUUCCACAUUUACGCCCACUCCUUCUUCCUGUUGCUCUGCCUCUUCUCCCUCUGCCCUCUCCCUCUGGUCCUCAUGGAGGCGAUGGGGGUAAGCGUUCUACGUAGGUUUAAGAAACAGCCCAAUGUGAGGGUGCCCUUCUCCCGCGUGGUGCAAUGUUACAGGGACGUGGUGGCCGUCCUCCUUCUCGUCGUCGCUCCCCUGCAGUUGACGUCCUACCCCUUGUUGAAGGUAAGGAGAGCUGCCACUACCACUACCACUGCUACUGCUGCUAUCUGUUAGAGAUAAGGUUGCCGAUCCA